AGGGCACGAACAUUGAUUCUUGUUCCAAAUUUAAUUAUUUCAGGUAAUGUUCAUGUUGAAGAAGGUGCUACCGCUACGUCUUUUUAGAAUUUGAAAUUGUCUUCAUUGAAUUUCAUUUUCACCAAGAACGCUUUCUUAGAAAAAAUGGCUGCGUCUCCUAAGAAAGCUCGUGGUGCUUCUCGUGGCUCCUCUGCCAAGCGACGCUCAUCCUCUGCUGCUAAAAAAGCUGACAGCACAACAACGACCACGACCAGCAAGGCUGUUGCCACAAAGAAAUCCACCAAGGCUGCUGCUUCUGGUGAUGCCCUAGACCGUAUUAUCGACACAGUGACCAUCCCAGGAACGUUUGCCAUUAUAGCACUGGUCUGCGCCAUAGGUGGAGGCAUCUACGGAAUCGCAGAUGACCUGUCACUGCACAUCUGCAGCUUUAUCCUAGGCAUGGGCAGAGGUGGCGUGCCGGGAUGCGCUACUGUGGCUGGAAGCUUUUUCGUGAUACUGGCGCCACCAGGCAUGGUGAAUAAGGUACAAUUGCAUUGUUUGCAGCAUACUUGAUUUAUUAUAGUUGAUGAUGAUUGGAAUUGGAGGACAUUAAAAUUCUUGACAUAUUGAAAUCAUUUUGAUUUUCUGUGAUCACUACAGCAAGUUGUAAAAUAACGGUGUUUGAUGUUCGUCCUCUGUAGAUCUAGCUGUAGAUCUUUGAUCGUCCCUCAUUUUUGUCCUUUGCUCAAUCGACCCAUCUACGAUGAUCCUCAUUCUCAUUCUAUCGACUAUCCCCAAAAUCUACUAUAAAUAUCUUGUUCAGUCUCUCGCCCUGAUGACUGUCGCUGAGUCCGUCCCUAACCAACUCGUUGGCGCCGCCUAUUGGCGAAGUGCGGAUUGGAUGUUUGCUUUGAAACUGAACCUCUAUACUGUUGUCGGCUUGGCUGCAGGUCAAUACCUCGUCCAAAUGCUGUCAGAUCAAUUCAUCCGUCAAUUCGCUGGCGCCAUUUUAUUACGGGUGUAGGAAAUGCAUCUCCAAUAAAGUCAUCUGGAGGAAGAAAAUCAGAAGAAAAAGGUAGAAGCCAGAUGAUCUCUGAGAUGCAUUCCGUGUAUAGUACCUCUAAUUUUGCUCACCGUUGUCUUACAAAUGACCAUUGAGAAGUUCACGAACAAAGGAAAUGCAGACGGAUCAGUCGACCCGAAACGAGUGGCGUUGUUGAGGUCGCCAGUCGUGAUGACUCCCCUCGGUCUCUUCGGAGGCCUCUUAUCCUAUGUGGCUGGAAACAUGGGACCUUUACUGAACGUUUACAUGGUUUUUCUGGCUCUCCCCAAGUACGAGAUGGUUGGAACUCGAGCAGCGAUUUUCAUCCCCAUUGAUGCGAUCAAGUUGGGACAGAGAUGGUACUUCUACGUGGAAUACGAAUUCGUAUUCGAAUAUGUCGAUAAUAAAAUUUCUUUUGAAGCUCUUGCCAACAAAAUCGUUCAUCCAACAUUGACAUUGCUGUUGAUUAUGACUAGCAAAUCAAGGAUCCUCCUCCAUUAUACGUUUUUUUUUAACUUAUUUGAUCCCUUCAAUCAUCUUUGGCGAAAGCGACUUCCUACAUGAUGUCUCCCAAAUCCUAUUCUUCACAGGUCCGCCGGCGACUUAGACUUCGACACUUUCUAUUUAGGGGCGCGGCUUGGUGUCAUCGGCGUGAUGGGAGUCAUUGUUGCUAAGAUCUGGCUGAAGAAAGCCAGUAAGGAGCUCUUCGCUUUCGUCUACAACAGAGUUACGUACUGCAUGACGUUGCUGAGUGGCUUGCUCUUAAUCACUGGUGUGGAUUUGAAAGCUGUGAUACGUCAUGGGAUUGCUUUGUUGAAAUAGGUGAUGUUGAACUUGAAGUAGGGCCGCGAUGACAAUGCUAUUGUCUUUGACUCUGAUGACACGAUGGAUGAAGAUUGUCGUACUUCCUCUUCCAUGUGUAGUUUCAAAUCCUGAAACUGAAUGUUUCUCCACCCCGCGGCCGUGGCAGAAAAAGAUGAAAUGCUUGCGAGAAAAUCGUCCCCUUCUCAUGUCAGUGCCCAUUACAUUAGACAACACCCACUUCAGUCGCAAUGAAAAUAUGGAGCACUCGUCGGUUUCUUGAAAACUCGUUUUUUUGAAUUUUUUCUCUGGUCGUGUGAAAGAUUCCUAUGAUAAU